AGUUCCACCGGAGCCGCCGCCUCCUGCCCACAGGGCACCCGCCAACCUGCUGCGGGCGCGUCACGGGGGCACAAAACAAAAAAAGACUUUCACUGUAACUGACGCUGCAGCUGCUCGGAUCGCGUGUGCGCCGUUCCUCACAUCUACCGUCAAAUUAGCAGCGCGAUGUAUGGGACGGCGAACAAGGUCCACUGCGACGGUGUCCCCGCCGACGCGCCUUUUGCCACCCGCCGUGUGUUUCUGUUACUGCUGCGGCCCUGGUGAGUUGAUUCGCGAGACCGGGUAGCCGGCAGCGGCGGAGUAGGACGUGGAGCAGAAGACGAUGGGCGUUGGACACGCGUCGACGGCGGCGUCCGCCUCGUCGGAGCUGUGGAAAGUGCUGGCUGGCGCCAUAGCCCUGCUGCUGGCCACGGGCGAAGCGCGAGCGGCUAAAGACAUGCCGCUGUUCAACGUGACGGCGGUGGCGGGCGAGUCGGCGCGGCUGCCCUGCGACAUCUCGACGCCGGAGCUUGGCGACGCCGUGCUGCUGGUGCUCUGGUACCGCGAGGACCUGGGCACGCCCGUCUACAGCGUGGACGCCCGUGAGCGCGACUUCUCGCAGGCGGAGCGCUGGUCCAACGAGACGGUGUUCGGCAGCCGCGCCUACUUCGUCACCGAUCGGCCACCCGCAGCACUCGCCGUGGAGAGCGUGCGGCCGCGAGACCAGGCCACCUACCGCUGCCGCGUCGACUUCCGCUACGCGCAGACGCGCAACUCCAAGGUCAACUUCACGGUCAUAGAGCCCCCGGAAGACCUGGUGAUUGUGGACGAGAAGGGCAACAACCGGACAUCGGUGGUGGGGCCCUACACCGAGGGCUCCAGUCUCUCCCUCAGCUGCGACGUCUUUGGAGGCAAACCAGCACCUACUGUGGAGUGGUACCGGGAAGAGCGACUGGUGAGCAACCAGUCGUCUGCGGUGGGGAAGGGCCGGGUGCGCGCGCAGCUCACCAUGGACGGCCUCACGAGGGCAGACCUUCUGACCAGCCUUCGCUGUAGGGCCUCCAACAACGACCGCCGCCCGCCCAAAGAGGCCGCAGUGCUGCUCGACAUGAACCUGCAACCCUUGGACGUCCGGCUGCUGGGGGUGAGCCAGCCGCUGUCUGCCGGCCGCCGCUACGACCUGCUGUGCCAGUCCUCCGGCUCCAGACCUCCGGCGCGCAUCACGUGGUGGUUCAAUGGGCAGAGGUCACAACACUCCAAAGAGACGACGUCGAACGACGGCAACACGACGACGAGCACGCUGUCGUGGGUGGCUAGCAAGGAGGACGCGGGCCGCCACCUGUCGUGCCGCGCCGAGAACACGGCCGUGGGCGGCGACGCCCUCGAGGACGGCGCGCAGCUGCAGAUACACUAUAUUCCCGAGGCGACAAUCCAGCUCGGCACGUCGCUGAACCCAGACAACAUCAGGGAAGGCGCCGACGUGUACUUCGACUGCAUCAUCACCGCCGUGCCGUCCGUCUCUCGUGUUGAGUGGCGCCAUAACGGCAGGGUGCUGGGCCCUGGAGCGGGUCGCGGCCUCAUCGUUAGCAACCAGAGCCUGGUGCUACAGUCGGUGGGCCGCGCCAGUGGCGGCAACUACUCCUGCGUCGGCGUCAACUCCGAGGGCGCCGGCGAGAGCAAGCCCUUCCACCUCAACGUCCUCUAUGCUCCGACGUGCAAGCCGAACCAGAGCCGGGUGAUCGGCGUGGCGAAGAACGAGCGCGCCAACAUCUCGUGCGAGGUGGAGGCGAACCCGGCGGACGUGACGUUCCGCUGGACGUUCAACAACUCGGCGGAGAGCCUGGACGUGGCGCCGUCGCGCGUCGCCAGGGCGGGGCCCGUCAGCUACGUCGCCUACACGCCGGCCACGGAGCUCGACUACGGCACGCUGCUCUGCUGGGCCAGCAACCACAUCGGCAGCCAGCGCGCGCCCUGCGUCUUCCACAUCAUCGCCGCCGGCCGGCCGGACCAGGUGCACAACUGCUCGGUGCUGAACGUGUCCACGGACUCGCUGGCGGUGCGCUGCUCGGAGGGCUUCAACGGCGGCCUGCCGCAGUCCUUCCUGCUGGAGGUGCGCGAGGCCGAGUCGCAGGCUCUGCGCGCCAACCUGUCGGCGCCCGUCGCCGCCUUCGCCGUGUCCAGUCUGAGCCCGGGCGAGCGAUACCACGCCUGCGUCUACUCGUACAACCUGAAGGGCCGCAGCGAGCCCGUCGUCCUCACAGCCGCCACCAUCCGCCUGCCCGAGCGGCAGCUCACCGCCAGCGUGCAAGAGCGCCCGCGCGCGCCGGCCGGCGUGCUGACGCCGGCGCUGGGGCUGGUGGUGGGCGUGCUGGCCGCCAUGCUGGCGCUGGGCGGCGGCAUCGCGCUGCUGAUGCGCCUCUACUGCUCGCAGCGCCGCCCGCGGCCGCACGCGCCGCGCCGCAAGCGCGACGCCGACCUGGGCCUGGGCCUGGGCCUGGGGCUGGGGGGCGGCAGCAAGGCCGCCAGCCCCGUCGCGCCCGCCGCCUCCGCCGGCGCCGCCUCCGGGCCCUACAAGGGCUGCGGGAGCCCCUCCAGCAAGGGCACGCUCGCCACCGUCGACAGCGCCGACAGCGACGAGAAGAACCCGGACGUCAUACCGCAGUCACAGAAGGCCGAGUGCGACGCACGGGCGGAGGAGGCGUCGCGGCGGCGGCAGCACGUGUCGACGAUCGACGCGGGGCCGCCGCCGGCGGUUGGGGCGGUGGGGGCGGCGCCGUGCGGCCUGCUGCAGCAGCCGGCGCUGCACUGUGCGGCCGCCGACGCCGCCGCCUUCUCCGGCUUCUGCACGCUGCGCAACGGUCUCCCGCUGCGGGACCUCGCCAUGCACGGGGGCGAACUGCGGGCGUGCGCGCUGCCGGGGGCCGCUGCCGGCGGCAUGGCGACGCUGCCGCGCCACUGGCCGGGGCCCGCCUCCGCCGCCUCCGCCGCCGCCGCCGCCGCCUCCGUGGGCUACAGCGCCGCGGGCGCGCUGCACCACACGCUCUACGGCCCGAUGCCCGGAUCGGCGGUCGGACCGGGCCUGCCACCGCUCCACCACCACCAGCACCACCACCAUCACCACCACCAACAGCAGCAGCAGCAGCACCAACACCCGCUGCAGCACAUGCUGCUCGGCCUGCACCAGCACCAUUCGCAGCCGCUGCCCAUGUCCCACCAGUCGCACCCCCAGACACCACCGGGUGCCUCCAGCACUGGGUCUACCGGCGUCGACGAGCAGACCAACACCGAGUCGUCGCCGCUGGUCACCAACAAGCGUGAGAGCACCGUCUGACUAGAGGCCGAGAUGUGAGGCACCAGCUGGCCUCACAUUCCGCCCUACGCGCUGUCCUUCUGGCGGGUGCGGCAUCGCCUCUGACAUCCACUGUAGUCGAGGACUUACCAUUACAGUCCACUGUAAGCGCAGAAGCUGUACUGGACAAGACUUUACCCAAGUAUUAAAUAUUGCUAAGGUUAUCGGACGUUACGUCGAUUUCGCCGAUGGUGCUUCGCAAUCUCUCGACGAAGGAUCUUGUCCCUAAACUCACCUGACGAUCUCGACUACCGGUCUAAAUUUCUUCUUAUGCCAUAGUGCUUUGUCCCCAGUCGAAAACGGACGCAGAGGAGAUCAUGUGAUAAUGUUAAGAAUCUCUGGACUUCCAUAAAUGCUUAUUACUUAGGUCACGUCGGUUCGGAGAAUGAGUGGAAACCAUGAAAAAUGUAAAUUACAAAACAACGGAAUCUGAUAUUGAAGCCCCGGUAACUACACGCUUUGAUGACAGAUAAUUAGCUCACCUUUGAGGAUGACCUCCGUGCUCCCGUCGUUGACCUGGCCAUUUCGGGCUGGAGCAUGACAUUCAGUCAGUUAAAAUUUGAUUAAUAUCAGAUUUUCACAUGUGAAUCAACAGAUUUUUAUGAUUUUAAAAGGUGUUCUCCCAUAGCAAUCAAGAAGCGUGCUCUUGGAGUUCUCGUUACCAGAAAUAUUCUGUCUGAUUACUUGGUUCUGUCACUUGUCGGGUCAUCAUUACCAGCACCUAGAAAAUGUGCAUUAGGUGCGUCAAACAGUAUCGACUUUUUAUAAUUAAUAUUGUAAACCGCCUACAUCAAGUUAUUAAUGCGAGUAAUAAUUCAAGGCCUUAAUUAUAAUGCAUUUUCUCAUUACAUAAAUGGUGUGUAAUUAAUUACGUUAAACACGUUUCUUUUCAUGAACAGCAUUGCUUGUGGUCUCACACUAGAAGUGUUUCAUAAAGCUGUCGUAAUCACACUUUCGAACAUAGGGAUUUAUGAUUUAUAAGGGAGAAAUAGGGAACAACCACAUAAUUUACUACCUUUUGUUCAUUGAUUAAAUCAUCGGAAUCGAGAUAAAAGGAAUGUUUUCUCGAGAUUUACGCUAAUAACUACGAAUGUGGAAAGUACAAGAAAAAAAGCAGAUUUUAGCACGUUAUAAUGCAAAUCAGGUAAGCCUAAUAACUGGAGUUACAUUCAACACACGGGCGUGCAAGUCAUCGAGGACAGUUUUCCGCAGUGUCACUGCACCGUUUGGAAUUGAAAUAUUCCGUAUAAAACAAGUGUCCUUUGUUCGUGUAUUCCGAGUGUAUAGGUUUUUGUCACCAAUUGUUUGAUUGUGAGAAACCUUGGCUGAGUCCCCCAGACAGACACCAACAAAAUGCUCAGAGUUCAGUAAUACACUGAACCAAAUUUUACAAGACUUCUCAACGAAUAUAACUUCAUGUGAACUAAUGAACUGUACAAAUAUGAGCUCUAAUGGAUACUGUACAUAUUUUUGUUACCCGCAUAUGCAUUGAAUUAACAACAUUUUGUCUUAUAAUGGAGAGACUUUGUCAAGUGAAUUGUAAUUGUAACUCACAUUAAGGGUGGUUCCAAUGUCAAUGAUUUCAAAUAAAU